UUGACAAUCAGUGAUCGUGUUCUGUCAGUUCCAAUUUCAAUUUCAGUUUCUUGUCGACUCAAUUAAUUCUGUAUUUCCGAACUAUUUACGGAAAGUGUUUCUAUUUCGUGUGAAGUCACAAUUGAAUUAAUUUCAAAUUCAACAUUUCGAGACGAAUUUCGUGUGCAAAGAAAGGAAAAUGAAGUUGAUAGUAUUCGCUGUGAUUGCGCUGCUUGUGACAGGUGGCUUUGGUGUUCCAAUAAAUGAAGUCGAACAACGACACGAUGAAACAGAAAUAAAAGAAGAAAUAUCAACUUUUUUGGACCAAGGUACAGCGAAUACGAUCACAAAACUUGAUAAUGACGGUUAUUAUUUUUAUCAUAUCAAUGCGAUUGAUGUGACCACUGAGAAGGGUCAUGACGAAUGCGACGAGAGUGUUAUCACGACAGAUCAGUCUGGAAAACCAGCGUUGCAUGUUGCAAUUGAGAACGGUUCAAAGAGAAUGGUCGAGUGUUUGAUAAACAAAUCAGUGGAUGUCAAUGUCAAAGAUAGCGACGGAAAUUCGGCACUUAAACUUGCUCUGAAUAAAGGCAAUGACGAAAUAACUAAACUGUUGAUCCAGAAUGGUGCUAAUCUCAAUGCAAAUGACAAUGCAAGUAAUACAGCGCUUCAUAUAGCCGCUAUGAGUAAUACUAGUUUAGAUGUUGUUAGGUUCCUCAUCGAACACGGUGCCGAUGUGAAUGCCAGAAAUCUAUAUAAAUAUUCCGCACUUCUAACGGCUGCAGUGAGAGGCAAUGUUGACAUCGCAAAAAUUCUCAUUGAACAUGGUGCCAAUCUCGAUGUAACAGAUAUUUUUGGAAAUUCACCAUUGCAUAUGGCCGUAGAUGGCCAUGAGGAUUUAGUGCGACUUCUCAUCGAUAGCGGUGCCAAUAUGCGAGCUGUAAACAUUUACGAAAAAACACCACUUCAAGUCGCGAUCUCCAAAGGUGAAACCAAAAUCGCCGAAAUGCUCGAGACCGCCGAUGACAAACCAUUCAGUGAUGAUUCCGUCAAAGCCAAAGAUCGUUCUGGAUUUACUCUUCUUCAUUACGCUGCUCGGAAUGGAAACAUGCAUGAUGUCAGAAAACUCAUCAAACAAGGAGCCGAUAUCAAUGCCAAAACUUUGGAUGGAUAUACACCUCUUCAUCUAGCUGCUAUGAAUAACCAACAAGACGUGGCUAGGUUUCUCAUUGAAAAUGGCGCUGAUAUUAACGCUAAAGCCGAGGAAGGAUUUACUGUACUUGACGCAGCUGAAUAUGGUAGUGAAGAUAUGGCCAAAAUCAUAAGAGAAGCUAAGAAAAAGCAGGCGAUGAACAAACCCUGAUUUAUGGGCUCGCUUAAUAGAUUUUUCGGAUAAGGAAUUUUU